AUGAACCUGCACCUCCUCCCAAGUGGAGUUGAAAGUGCAGCACCAAAUUUGGAACAAGAUUCAGCAGAAAGUCACGCCGAUGAAACUGAGAACAAAAUGCUUGCAUCGAGCUUAGCAAGUAGAGUACGCCGGGAGAACUCGGAUGCGGGAGACCCAGAGACGUGCACAUCAAGCACGAGCGCAGAAGCAAAUAGUUACGAUUAUGCUGAGCGACCAUCUGAAACUCCUGAAGGCAAUAUUGAUAAACGCCGACUACGUCUAGCGGCGGAUGCGAAACGCAAAGCAGACAGGAGAAUUAACGAGACUGAAGAGGAGCGCAAGCAUCGGCUUGCAGGGCUAGCCAUGAGAGCUAGGCUGAAAAGAUCAACCGAAUCUGAAGAGGAAAGAGCAAUCCGCCUACAACGAGCUGCAGUGAGUGAUAGAACAAGAAGGAUGAGGGUGAAAGAGUGUGGAAAUCCGCGACGUUUACUACCAAUGGGUGACAAAAUGGUAGCUGCGUAUACAUCCACAUCUGCAAGUACUAAUUUGAAAGGCGAUGGGAUUGAGGAAGCUUACCGCGCUGAAGGUGUCCCUCAACAAAGCGAAGGUUUUGCGUACAGUCAAGUUCCGAGUACUUCUCGCGUGUAUGAAUCUGAGGCAUCGGAAAAUCAUCAGUCAGCUCUUUCGCAGACCGUAGGUCUCAGUGAAGCUGUUUUGAAUGAAGACGAAUCAUUUGAUUUGAACGUGCAAACCGGAGAUCAAGUAGUACGCUCAGACGAUAAGGACCUGCUCACACACGAAGUUCUGAUUUGCUCAGAAGAGUAUAAUGGGGAAGCACAGCGACGUGACAGUCCUGAGCGUGCGGGUCAAAGACUUGAAGGUGAUGUUGAAAGUCAUCAGUCCCGUCCUGCGACUGAUGCGAGUCGAAUGGGCUUGAGAACAUCCAAUGAAAUGGAACAUGAACGAGAACUACGACUUGCAUCUCGGGCAGAGAAGGCUAGAUUGAAAAGAUCAGCUGAGAACAAAAAGGAAAGGGCAGAACGUCUUGCGAGUGUAGCAAAGAGGGCGAGAACAAGAAGAUCGGCUUUGGUGGAAGGACAAGAAUUGUCGCAUGCAACGGUAUUACGUUCCAAAUGUGAUAUUCUUGGUGAUGAGUAUUUUUAA